CUUUUUAUAUAUAUAAACGAUAUAAAAGAACAGAAGCAAAAUGUCUGUCGUAUCAAUCGGCAAGCCUUACGUGCACGAAGGUGGGAUUCGUCCAUACUUUGAACAACAGAUACAAGACACAGAGAUCAAGAUACAGCAAACGACACAGAACUUGAGACGGUUGGAGGCACAGAGAAACAAGUUGAAUAACAAAGUAAGACAGUUAAAAGACGAGUUGAGAUUGUUGCAAGAACCGGGCUCUUAUGUUGGGGAAGUUGUCAAAGUGAUGGGAUUGAAGAAGGUAUUGGUGAAGAUUCAUCCUGAGGGUAAAUACAUUGUCAAUGUAACCAAGGAUAUCGACAUCAAGAAGUUGACUCCAUCUAUCAGAGUGUGCUUGAAGUCAGACUCGUACGACUUGCACAAGAUUUUACCCAACAAAGUGGAUCCGUUGGUUUCAUUGAUGAUGGUGGAGAAGGUUCCCGACUCCACUUACGAUAUGGUGGGUGGCUUAGAUAAGCAGAUCAAAGAGAUCAAAGAGGUGAUUGAGUUGCCAGUGAAGCAUCCAGAGUUGUUUGAGAGUUUGGGAAUUGCCCAGCCUAAAGGUGUUAUUCUUUACGGUCCUCCUGGAACCGGUAAGACAUUGUUGGCCAGAGCGGUGGCUCAUCACACCGAGUGUAAGUUCAUCAGAGUUUCUGGUUCUGAGUUGGUGCAAAAGUAUAUUGGUGAAGGUUCGCGUAUGGUUCGUGAGUUAUUUGUAAUGGCUAGAGAACACGCCCCAUCUAUCAUAUUUAUGGACGAAAUCGAUUCCAUUGGUUCGUCACGUGUAGAAGGCUCAUCUGGAGGAGACUCCGAGGUGCAGAGAACUAUGUUAGAAUUGUUAAACCAGUUGGACGGGUUCGAAAGCUCCAAAGACAUCAAGAUCAUCAUGGCUACUAACAGACUUGAUAUCUUGGACCCUGCAUUGUUGAGACCUGGUAGAAUCGACAGGAAGAUCGAGUUCCCAGCACCUACAGUAGCUGCCAGAACCGACAUCUUGAAGAUUCAUUCUAGAUCCAUGAACUUGACGAGAGGCAUUGACUUGAGAAAGAUAGCCGAGAAGAUGAACGGGUGUUCAGGUGCAGAUGUCAAGGGUGUUUGUACCGAAGCUGGUAUGUACGCAUUGAGAGAAAGAAGAAUCCACAUUACGCAAGAAGACUUUGAGUUGGCUGUUGCCAAGGUGAUGUCGAAGAACGACGAGGGAGCUGUGUCGUUGGCUAAGUUAUUCAAGUAGUCAAUGUAUCAAUAUAAAUUAUCUCG